GGCCGGGAGUACGGGGACGCCUUGUUUUUCUCCGCCUCCGACCUCGAAGAUGGAAACUGAGGCAGAUCGGGGAUGGGCAAUCAGAUGAGGAUCAAAAAGGGGAAAUUGCUAUUCAUAACAAAACCAAACUUAUUUGGGAUUGGAGAAUGAGGGCUAGGGAGGGUAGCUGUAGUUGUCCAUUGGUCGGAAACCCAGCCCCUUUGACUACAGAGCCUUGGUCGCGAGCCCAGCCCCUCUGUAGCCCAAGCGAUCGAAGCCUGUCGUUCUGAACGGUAGUGGUGAAAGGAGCAGAGGCCCCAGGAUGAGAAGGGACACAAAAGCAGAGUUUUGAGAUCUACUAUGUUCAGAGAAAGUUUUGGUUACUUUGUAUUAACGCUUAAAAAUAAUUGCCAUCUAAAAAAAAAAAAAGAAGUUUUGUAACAGUAUAGGCUUGGGAUUAGGGUAGUGGUUUUUUUUUAAGAGAAGCGCUUUUGUCAUAUAGAUAAAAGCCAAUCACUGGAUAUGAGCAUCGUUAUUUUAUACUACAGUUCUUGAGACUGGGGAACUUCCUUUAUUCACACAUUUAAUCUUCAUGUUAAAUAGUACAGAGUAAGAAAAAUUGAAGUCAAAGACCAUGGGAGAUGCAGCAAAACCUUAUUUUGUAAAGCGUGUUAAAGACCGAGGGACUACAGAUGAUGAUGAUUUCAGAAGGGGUCACCCCCAACAAGAUUAUUUAAUAAUGGAUGAUUAUGCUAAAGGCCAUAGCAGUAAAAUGGAAAAAGGCCUUCCAAAAAAAAAAAUAACACCAGGGAACUAUGGGAAUACCCCCAGGAAAGGACCAUAUGCUGUUUCCAGCAAUCCCUAUGCAUUUAAAAACCCAAUUUACAGCCAGCCUCCUUGGAUGAAUGACAACCACAAAGAUCAAAGUAAGAGAUGGCUGUCUGAUGAACUUGGUGGUAAUUCAGACAGCUGGAGAGAAUUCAAACCUGGACCUAGAAUUCCUAUUACAAACCGACCAAGAAAAGACUCUUUUCAGGAAAGUGAAGAUGGAUAUAGGUGGCAAGACGGAAGAGGCUUCCGAACUGUAAGACGACUGUUUCAUAAAGACCUGACAAGCCUGGAAACCAUGUCAGAAGUGGAAGCAGGAAGUCAUGAAAACAAGAAGCAGAGGUCCAGACCUAGGAAGCCACGGAGGACUAGAAAUGAGGAAAAUGAACAAGACGGAGACUUAGAAGGCCCUGUGAUUGACGAGUCUGUGCUUUCAAUGAAGGAGCUCCUGGGCUUACAGCAGGCUGAAGAGCGACUGAAAAGAGACUGCAUUGACAGGCUGAAAAGGCGACCAAGAAACUACCCUACAGCAAAGUACACCUGCAAACUUUGUGAUGUUUUAAUUGAAUCCAUUGCAUUUGCCCAUAAGCAUAUCAAAGAGAAAAGGCACAAGAAAAACAUUAAGGAGAAGCAAGAGGAAGAGUUGCUCACUACAUUACCCCCGCCGACGCCCUCCCAGAUAAACGCAAUUGGUACUGCCAUUGACAAAGUGGUACAGGAGUUUGGCUUACACAGUGAGAACUUGGAACAGAGAUUAGAAAUUAAACGUAUCAUGGAAAAUGUGUUCCAACACAAGUUACCAGAUUGUUCUCUGAGAUUAUAUGGGUCAUCCUGUAGCAGAUUGGGUUUCAAAAAUUCAGAUGUAAACAUUGACGUUCAGUUUCCAGCCAUAAUGUCUCAACCAGAUGUUCUCUUACUCGUUCAGGAAUGUUUAAAGAACAGUGAUUCUUUUACUGAUGUUGAUGCAGAUUUCCAUGCUAGGGUGCCAGUGGUGGUAUGCAAAGAAAAGCAAAGUGGUCUUCUUUGUAAAGUGAGUGCAGGAAAUGAAAAUGCUUGUCUGACAACAAAUCAUUUAACUUCCCUUGGAAAACUAGAAUCAAAGCUGGUUCCUUUGGUGAUUGCAUUUAGGUACUGGGCAAAGCUUUGCAGUAUAGAUCGUCCUGAAGAAGGAGGUUUGCCACCUUAUGUGUUUGCCCUGAUGACCGUUUUCUUUCUUCAACAAAGGAAAGAACCCCUUCUGCCUGUUUAUCUAGGAUCAUGGAUUGAAGGAUUCUCACUAAACAAACUGGGCAACUUCAACCUUAAAGACAUUGAGAAAGACAUUGUGGUCUGGGAAUACACUGAUAAUGCUGCAGCAGGUGCAGACACAGCAAAAGAGGAGGCACCGAAAGACAUACCUGUUAAAAGGGGACAGGUAUCAUUAAUAUUUGAUUUAAAACACCAGCCUUCAGUACCAGUUGGGCAGCUCUGGGUGGAAUUGCUUCGAUUCUAUGCUUUAGAAUUUAAUUUGGCCGAUUUAGUGAUAAGUAUCCGAGUCAAAGAAUUGAUAUCUCGUGAAUCAAAGGAUUGGCCCAAAAAGCGCAUUGCCAUUGAAGAUCCCUACUCUGUUAAAAGGAAUGUGGCAAGGACCUUAAAUAAUCAACCCGUGUUUGAAUAUAUACUUCAUUGUUUAAGGACAACGUAUAAAUAUUUUGCUCUCCCACACAGAAUUACAAAAUCCAGCCUUCCAAAGCCUCUGGGUACUGUUACUUGUAUUUCGGAACAUUCUAAAGAAGUAGCAAAGCAUGACCCAGAUGUACAAGCAAAAAAUGAUAAACUCAAAAACUCAGUUUCGGCUCAAGAUCCUGGUGCUGCCAUCUCAGCUGCAAACACCUGCAAGGUACAGCCACUUACUCUUAAAGAGACUGCUGAAAGCUUUGGAAGCCCACCAAUGGAGGAAACAGGAAACACACAUGGGAGGAAACUGGAAAACUCAGACUGUAUCAAGGCAGAGGUCAGUUGUGACGAUCUUGAGAAUGGUAAAGUACACCAUCAAGAAACAGGGAGUAAAAUUGAGAAAGAAAAAAUUGGAGGGGAGGGCAAGCAUCCUUUGACUACUGAUGAUCAAGACUUAAGCAGUAGCAAAUGUGGAGAGCUUGUUGUCUCCGGUAGCACACAAAAUACUGAGACAGACAGCAGUUUGGAUUUAGAAGGCUUCCAAAAUCCUGCAGCUAGAGAAUGUGAUGGAUUUUCUACUUUAGAUAACAAGGCUGUUGUUGAUGUUGAAAGCUUAGAAGGUACUGAUGAACUAGAAGAAACUCUAAGUCACUUUGCCCCCUCAAGACAGGGCCAGACAUCAGGAGUCAUUCACUCUGAUGAAGAAGAUGAGGACGAGGACCCUGGGCUUUCUGUUACUCGAAGGGAAGACGAGGAUGACAUUGAUAAUGCAGAUGAGUUAGACAACGCCUGCACUGCAUCAGGGGAUGAGGGUGCCCUGUCUGAAGAGGAUGAGGAAGUAGGGGCGUCUGCAGAGUAUGAAGACUUGAAAGAAUGUGGAAAAGAUGUGGAUGGAACUCUACUAAUGGAACUUAAUAAAAUCAGUCUUAAGGAAGAAAAUGUAUGUGAGAAAAAUUUAACUGUGGGUUCAUCUGAUUUUUUCUAUGAAUUUAGUAAACUCAUCUUCACCAAAGGCAAGUCUCCUACUGUAGUGUGCAGUUUAUGCAAAAGAGAGGGUCAUCUAAAGAAAGAUUGUCCUGAAGACUUCAAAAGAAUUCAGCUGGAACCUUUGCCACCAUUAACACCCAAGUUUUCAAAUAUUCUAGAUCAAGUUUGCAUCCAGUGUUAUAAGGAUUUUUCUCCAACUAUUAUAGAAGAUCAGGCUCGCGAACAUAUUCGGCAGAACCUAGAAAAUUUCAUAAGACAGGAGUUUCCAGGAACUAAAUUGAGCUUGUUUGGCUCCUCCAAAAAUGGAUUUGGGUUCAAACAGAGUGACCUUGACGUCUGUAUGACAAUUAAUGGACUUGAAACUGCUGAGGGAUUAGACUGUGUAAGAACUAUCGAAGAAUUGGCAAGAGUCCUCAAAAAACAUUCAGGUCUGAGAAACAUCUUGCCUAUUACAACAGCAAAGGUGCCAAUUGUAAAGUUCUUCCAUUUGAGAAGUGGUCUGGAAGUGGACAUCAGUUUGUAUAACACAUUGGCCCUUCAUAACACAAGGCUUUUAUCUGCUUAUUCAGCCAUUGAUCCCAGAGUGAAAUAUUUGUGCUAUACCAUGAAAGUAUUUACAAAGAUGUGCGAUAUUGGUGAUGCAUCUAGAGGCAGCUUAUCGUCAUAUGCAUACACGCUUAUGGUGCUAUAUUUUCUCCAGCAGAGGAAUCCACCAGUCAUUCCUGUCCUUCAAGAGAUAUACAAAGGUGAAAAGAAACCUGAAAUAUUUGUUGAUGGCUGGAAUAUUUAUUUUUUUGAUCAAAUAAAUGAACUGCCCACCUGUUGGCCAGAAUAUGGAAGAAAUACAGAAUCUGUUGGGCAGCUCUGGUUGGGACUUCUUCGUUUUUAUACAGAGGAAUUUGAUUUUAAAGAACAUGUUAUUAGCAUCAGAAGAAAAAGUCUGCUUACAACUUUUAAGAAACAGUGGACCUCGAAAUACAUUGUUAUUGAAGAUCCUUUUGAUUUGAAUCAUAAUCUUGGAGCUGGAUUAUCAAGGAAAAUGACAAAUUUUAUAAUGAAAGCAUUUAUUAAUGGCAGAAGAGUGUUUGGUAUUCCAGUUAAAGGAUUUCCAAAGGAUUACCCCUCAAAAAUGGAGUACUUUUUUGAUCCAGAUGUGCUAACUGAAGGAGAGCUUGCCCCAAAUGAUAGAUGUUGCCGAAUUUGUGGGAAAAUUGGACACUUCAUGAAAGACUGUCCUAUGAGGAGAAAAGUGAGACGACGGCGAGAUCAAGAAGAUACCCUGAACCAAAGAUACCCUGAGAACAAAGAGAAAAGAAGCAAAGACGACAAAGAAACUCAAAACAAGUACACAGAGAGGGAGAUGUCAACAAAAGAAGAAAAGCCUGUGCAGUGCACACCUCAGAAAGCCAAGCCAGUGAGGGCAGCUGUCGACCUGGGGAGAGAGAAAAUGCUCAGGCCACCAUUGGAAAAAUGGAAGAGACAGGAUGACAAAGACUUAAGAGAAAAACGUUGUUUUAUUUGUGGAAGGGAAGGGCACAUUAAAAAGGAAUGCCCACAAUUUAAAGGCUCUCCAGGUUGUGUAUUUGGAGCCCCUUCUUCACCUAGCCCUUUGAGACCAGCUGGCACAUUUGUUCAGGCAGUGCCUUUACAUGAAGACAAAAAGAAACAAAAAACAACUAUAUUUUUGAGUCCCCAGUCAGGUUUUUAUAUCACAGAGCAACAUACCACAUUAAGAUUUGGAUGGUUAGGACAUAUGCCUCUCUUUUAUAAUAAAGUAAGAGAAGAAGAAUUAUAAAAGAGAAGUUGGAAAGGAAAACUGGUGUGAUUCCUGGGAGCCAGCUGGAAGCUUUGGCCACAAAGGCAUUCUCAGAAAGAAUUCAGAUAGAAAUCGAGGGGUUGCAGUUGACUCUUAAAACUCCUUUCCCACUUGUCCUCUUAAGUUGGCUCAGGAAUACAUGUACCCAAUUUUGAAAAUCACUGUUUAUAUAAAACACUAUAAAGAAUAUUAGCCCUGUUAUUUCCUCAGGAAAAAUUCCCAGUUAGGAGAAUGAUAAGCUUAAAAGUGUGCACAGUUCAACAGUGGUACCAAUAAUACCAAAUUGAGAGAUUGUUGACAAUCCCAGAGUUAUUCACAACCUGUUUCCCAUACCCUCACUUCAUUGGGGUAGUCUUUUUUGCCAGUCUUCUUGAAUAUCUAUUAUUACCAUUGAACUCUUUUAACAUUUUUUACAUGUUUUUCAUUUGCAUUUCUUCUUUUACAGCUUUGUAUUUUUUUUAUUAAGAAUAUUCAUGUUUGUUUUUAGUUCUUUCUACAAAGAAAUUCAUUCAUGCUUUAUCAAAUGUCACGACAUCCUUUACCACCUCCACCGCCAGUUUAUUAUCCUUUCAACCUCAUUUAUGAUUUGUUUUGCCAUGCAGACAUUUGUUUGCUUAGUUGUGUGUUUUAGUAGUUUGAUCUAGCAAACUUUGGGGUAGUUUCAAGUCAUGCUUAUACAGUUUUUCUAAAUUUCAGAUUAUAUAUAAAAAUUCAUUUAUAUUUUAUUUCUAGUCUUAUUUUUUUACAUGCAAAUCUUUUAUAUGAAGUUUCUUCAGGUCUGCUGAGAUACAUAGGGGAUUACAUGUUUAAGUGAUACGGUAAUAAGACUUGGUAUGAUUCUUAGAAAAGAAUGGUUUCUUAAUAUUUUGGGAAAAAUGUAGAAAGAUACACAUAACAACUACCCACCUACUAGAGUAUUAGCAUUAUUUUUUCACAUUUUCCAUCUUUUUUUAAUAAAAUAUUAAAAUAGUGGACGUGCCCUUUCACUAUCACCGCCAGGCCCAUUCUGUCAUGGCUCCCUCCAUCCCAGAGGCAUUCAUCAGUAUAAGUUCAGGACCCUUCCAGUUCUUUAUUAAAGCUCUUACAUAUGUAUCCUUUAACAUAUUAUCCUUGGUGACUUUUUAAAUUUAAAUGACAUAUCAUACGCUAUAAUGCAAAUGAUCUACAACCUGCUUUUUUAUAUCUUUAACAAAAUGAUUUUGAAAUUUAUAUAUGUCGCUGUAUAUAGACUUAGGGUUUUGGGGUGUUUUUUACAGUAUUCCAUCAUAUGGCUACGGAAUAUUUUAUGUGUUCAUUACCUAGUACAUGAGCAUUUAAAUUGUAUCUCAUUUUUGCUGUUGUAAACAGUGUUGUGGUAAACAGUCUUGUGUGAAUCUCUGUGAGCAUAGAUGAGAGGUUCUAUAGGAUUUGUGUACCUAAAAGUCAAAUCGUUAGGUCAUAGCAUAUUUGCAUAUCUGUUUAGGUAGGUGCUGUCAGAAUACUCUCUUAUUGGUUAAAACAAUUGCCAUUCCCACCAGCAAGUUUACUUUUGCUUAUCUGAUGAGAAAAAUACUUACAUGGUGUUCUAAUAUAUAUUUCCUUGACUCUCUUAAUGCUAAGCAUUUUUUUAUAUGUUUACUGACCAGUUACAGUUCCUCUUCUGUGAAUCACCUGUUCAAAUCAUUUGCCCAUUUUCUUGUUGCAUUAUGGUUUUCUUAUUAAUUUGUAAGGGUUCUUCAUUUAUUCUGAAUACUACUCCAUUAUUAUUAUAUACAUUCCAGAUAUAUUCCUCCACUAUGUCUUGUCUUCCAACUUGUGUCUGUUGCCACUCCAUAGUUUUUAAUUUUGACAUAAUCAAAUUAGUUUUCCAUGAGUAGUUUUCAUAGUCAAGUGGUUUAUGUUUUUAGAGUCAUCUUUAAGAAAUUCUUCCUUAACUUGAUGUCAUAAAGAUAUCCAUCUCUAUUUUCUUCUAAUAUCUUUAAAAUUUUAUAUUUCCUCUUUAGAUCUUUAAUAUAUCUGGAUGUGUGUAAAACAUAAGGUAGUGAUCUAACCUUUUUUCACCUCGAGUGAAAAGCCUAUCUUCACUACCUUGUAGAGUGCAGAAUAUCAAAGAUGUGUGCAUAUGGGCCAACAGAAACUCUGUAGUAUAAAUACUAUAAUAGAGGGCUUUGUCUCUUUCUGACUGAUGUCACUCAUUUUUCACUGUGAGUGGCUUGUCUGGGUGCCCAGCUUUGAAGAAUUUGCUUUUGGGGUUUUUAUUUGCAAUUUUACUUAAUAUGUUUGCUUGAGAAAAUUUAGAAAGUAUAGUUAAACAAAAUGGAAAGAAAGGUCAUUUAGACUUGCACCAUUCCAGAGCAUUAACUACCAUUUAGAUUUUGAAAGUAAAAUCUUUCCAUCUGUUUACAUCAGUGUAAUAACAUUUUUACAUUUAUCGAGUAUUUUCUGUGUGCCAGGUACUGUUCUAGUUGCCUUACGUGUAGUAAUUCAUUUAAUCCUCACAGUAACUCCAAAGGGGUAGGUAUAUUGCCCUGAUUUUAUAGAUAAGAAAAAAGAGGCACCAAAUAUGCAUCAUUAGUGGCUUUUUCAUGUGUAUGUAAUACCUGUAAAUAUAAAAAAUUUACUUUUUUCCCUUUAUAUUUCACAUGUAUGUAAUAUGUGGUUUUAUAACCUGCUUUUUUCAUGUUGUUAUCCUAUGCAUACCUGUUGUUUUUAUAAUAUGGUUAGUCAUAAUAUCACAGGUCUUGGAUAUAAAUUAUUGUAUGGUAUAUAUGAAUAUUCAUUUGGCAAGAUUUCUACAUACCUCCCUAUCCUUCUGAUUGAUCUUCUUUUAAACAAUUUGUUGAUCAGAAAUUGGUAUCUUGUUUUAAUUUGCAUUUCUUUGUCUACUGAUACUGAAUAUUUUUUCAUAUAUUCGUGCUGUUUUUUUCUCUUUCAUAUAUUGCUUGUUCUUUCCCCAGUUAUCUAUCGGUGUUCAUCUUUUCUUUAUUGGUUCGUAAUUUCUUUGUGUUGAGCAUAGUAGGCUUUUUUUAUAAGUAAAGCAUAUGGUAGUGUGCUGAGGAAACACUUUCCCACCCCAAGAUUGUAUAAAUAUUUACUAUUUCUUAUACUUUGAUUCUCUUAUAUUUAAUUUUGUAAUUCAUUUGGAAUUUGUAAUUCAUUUGGGGGGUAAUUCCUCCUUACCCCGCAAAAUCACUUAUUUGACACAAUACCAGUUCUUGAACAAUCCGUACUUUCCCCCAUUGGUUUGAAAUGCAACCUUUGUUAUAUACCAUUUUCUUAUACAUAAUCAUUUAAGAAUUUCUCAGUUUUCUUGUUUCAUUGAUCUAUUUGUUUAGACUCCAGAACAAAAAUUAUUAACUGUUCUUUGAUAUGGUUUUAAUUAGUAAUUCUCAUUUCUGUCCUUCACCUGUAAAUAUAAUAAAUUUACUUUUUUCUUUUUAUAUCAAUAAGUUAUUGCUACAAUGUCAUCAUUCACAGCUUCAUGUCUGCAGAGUAAUGAGGCAGCAUAUUUAUUUUUGACCAAAGAAUUCUCUGCAGUUUAUUAUAUUCAGUUGCAAAUGAAGACACUAAUCUUCAAAAGUAGAGCCUUUGAAAAGUUCACCUGCACCAAUAUGGAAAUAGUGAACAUGGAAAUGUAUUAAAAUGAUGUCACUCUAGCAACUUGUCUGCAUUUAGAAAGAAUUUUGACUAAGCUUAUGUUUAAUAGAUCAUGUUUCAUGUACUAUAUGCUUUUUUAUAUCUAGCCUAAUUACUUAAUUCAAGACAAGUGACCAAUUCCAGUAUGAAAAGUUUCUUUGAUAAUUAACAAUAAGAAGCUAUUUUGUGGCUUUUGCAAUGAAGUGAGGCUUGUUU